UAUAAAAAAGCUAACCAGUAAACAAUACAAGAAAAUAAAUUAUUUUUGGACAACCACAAAAUCCUACGGAGAUCUGGCAUUGUUAAAGCUCAAAGUGUUAAACUAUGGAUCCAUAUCAGAAUCCCAGCCCGAAAGGGUACCAGAGACAGAGGCCAUUUGGCUCAGCCGGUGAAGGUGGCAGCAGCGGCGGCUCCGAUAUACCCCGUGAAAUAGAUGACAAUAAGAAGAAAAAGAAGCUUCUCCACCGCGACAUCGAACGCCAGAGAAGACAAGAGAUGGCUACACUCUUUGCUUCGCUUCGUUCUCACCUACCUCUCCAAUACGUUAAGGGGAAGAGAGCUGUUUCGGAUCAUGUAAACGGAGCGGUGAAUUUCAUUAAGGACACGGAAACACGGAUUAAAGAACUUAGUGCAAGACGAGACGAACUAAGCAGAGAAACAUGUCAGACAUAUAAAUCGAGUCCGGAUCCAGCAAGAACUGGAUCCGAGUUAGGCAAAUCGUAUCCGGCGAGUGUGAUGGUGCAACCAUGCGUGAGCGGUUUCGAAGUGGCGGUGAGCAGCAACUCGUCAGGUCCCGAAGCUUUGCCACUCUCAAGAGUGCUUGAGACACUUCAGGAACUAGGACUUGAAGUCAUCAGCUGUCUCACCACAAGAGUUAAUGAGAGGCUCAUGCACACUAUUCAAGUCGAGGUUAAUAGUUUUGGAUGCUUGGAUUUAGCUUGGUUGCAGCAGAAGCUAGUUGAGGAGUUGAUACUUUAGACGGGGUACUACAAUACUUAAUAAUCAUAAAAUUUGUAGUCCUAAAGACUUGUUCAUCGUAUGAUCUCUCUCUUCCAAAAGAACUCUUAAUUUUAUAUGUUGGUUUGAAUUUUUAACCCAAUAUAAACUCAUUUCCAAUUUAUUUUCUUUAUAUAGAUUUGGUAUUGAAGCUUGUUAGUUGCUCCAAUAGGUUAUUCUCUUGCUCCUACAUAUAUAAUUAACUAAUGUAUGAAAUAUUUAUAGUGCAUCAAUAUAUGUUAAGUUCGAUAGGCCGUAUAUAUAUUUUUAUGCACAUACAAGAGAGCUAUAGUUGAUGUUCAAACUAAUUUCAUGGUAUGCCAAAUGCAGAAAUAUCUAAAGCAUUCAUGAAACUUCAUCUUGGAAAGCUGGCCAUGAAAUAUACUCUUGGAUGGAGGCAUAGCUUCGGUUUAAACAAAUUCAAGUGCGUAUUGCAGUUUUUUUUUUAAUAAGUGCGUAUUGCAGUUAUGUUUCAAAAGGAUUUUAUGCAUGGGUAGGUCAUAAAGUUCACCAUCAUUCAACGCAGACACCGUAAAGACUGAGGUUGUGAUGUUUGCAAUAGAUCAUUUUUCUCACAAUAAGGUUUUUGUGUGUUUGCUUUACAUUUGCUUCUUAUCAGCUCCAAAUUUCAGCUAUCAGGUUUCCCUUUCAUUAUUAGCAUCUUUUGUGCUAUUUCAUUGUUAUGUGUUCAUGCGGGUUUUUAGUAUGUAUAUAAGGUUUUAUAUGAUAUAUAUAAACUGAGAAGGAACAACCGCUAUUUCUGCGA